CCUAGCAAAAGCCAAAUCUAGAAUCUGAGAGUAAGAGAGAGCAAGAGAGAGGUGGAAGUCAGACUCACAACCCAUAACUACAUUUCAACAUGUCGAAUCCAUUGUUAUCCUAUCGGGUCUACGCCAGCAGCAACAGCUCAAUCGAAAAUCUGCGCUCUGUGAAGCUCAAGAACGGAAUCCAGGUCGCUCUGGCCUUCGCCAGAGAUUACGAUUCAUCCGGGAAAUCCACGGGAGAGUUCGACUGCUAUUUCAAUAAAAGCGACUUCACUGAGGCCAAGAUCAAAGAUUUCAAGAACAAGACCAAGUUUUCCAAAGUCAAGUUCUUCCUCAGCAUCGGUGGCCGUGACCAGAAAUACGGCUUUUCCGUCACCUCUUCCGACAAAGAAACCUGGAUCUCCAAUGCCACCAAAUCCCUGAAAAAGAUCAUCCAGGAGCGCAAGCUUGAUGGCCUUGACGUUUACUACCAAAACAUCCAUCCUGCCGGGCAAGGUCAGUUUAAGGAUGCAAUCGGCGAGGUGAUACAGACCCUGAAAAAUGACCUCCCCGACGACUUUCUAGUUUCCAUCACCGUGUCUGCUUCUCUCUGUGAUAAUUAUUACUGGCCCUUGUACAGAGACUUCCAAGAUUCUAUUGACUUUGUGGUUUACCAGACCCACACUUGGCCUACUGUGAUUAAAACUUCGCUGUCCCUCAAGGAAGUCCUCGACAAACUGCCUUAUGACAAAGAGAAGCUCAUCGCCGGGCACAGUAGCACCCACCCCUCGGAUUGGACCACCGUCCCAGUGCCCAUCUUCCUCGGUGCCGUUCCUCACCUGCUCGACCAAAAGCCGGCGACCGCUUCUGGGAUUUCCAAGUGGAUCGUGACCGGUGAUGAUAACCCUGAGAAGUGAUAUGUCUCGGCUUACAAAUAAAUAAAUCAUCACCAUCCCUCUGGACUCUGGUGUUGAUGCCUACGUGCUGCUGUUUUAUGUUUCUGCUAAGUGCUGUGCCCGUCAAUAAGUCUUCAGUAGUUUCCGUUCGUGUAGACAUUUGCAUUUGUUAUCUUCUUCAUUUGCACUUAAUUGGUUGCUGUGUUAUCUGCGUGAGCCUGCUUGUUUAAUUAAUAAAUGUCGCUUUGAUUGUUAUUCAA